AUGCUUUGGUCAACGUUUUGCGUUGACCAUCAUCAUGAUCGAUCAUCUUUGCCGUGUUAUGAUCGGACGGUCAUCGUUGAUACACGUGGACUAGAGGGUGUCUUCUUGAAUGAGCGGUGGAAACGAAGAACCCUAUCAUCACCACCACCAUUAAGGGCUCUUAACAAUGGUGCUUGUGAUGAUAAACUUGUCCGUACAAGUUUUGUUCUAGGGUUUGGAGAAAUGGACAAGAUCAAGAGUAGGAUCCGAGUCCUUAAUCUUCAACAACAACCAAAACAUUCACAAUUACUAGAUUUAAUUUCUCCCUAUGUUGUCACGUGCGCAUUUUUAUGGGUUUGUGUGCGAAAAACCCAAGAAAGAGUAGGUCGAGAUAGUGCAUUACAUCAUGAUGAUGAGGAUCCGAACUUUUUUGGGUUUGUCGCGGGCGAGUUGACCUGGUUUGAGCAUCCGGUCCCGGUCACAUACUUGGGCAAUUGUGUCAGGUUUGGGCGAGCGAAGGCGGUGAGGGAUAGGUGGAUAUUGGAGUGGGCAGAACUGAUCAGGUCGGAUAUCCAUGUGAUGGCUUGCAGGUCUCCUAAGGUGGAUUUUUAUGGUAGGGAUUUUGGGUGGGGCAAGCCAAAGAAGAUUGAGGAAAUUGAGAUAGAUAGUACAAAGGCAAUUUCAUUGAGUGAGAGUUGAGAUGUCAAGGGUGGGAUUGAGAUUGGGUUAGUGUUGCCUAAGCUUCAAAUGGAUGCUUUUACUCUUUUGUUCAAGGAAGGUCUCAUGGCUUGUUAUUAAUUAAUUAUUAUCUAUUAUGAGAAUAGUAAUGACUAAGAUUAGUCACCCAAAAUUUAUAAUUGGAAAUUUACUCAUUUGGUACCCUAUGUUUUU